AUGACGCCUCGAGCAAAGGAGGAGAUAGUGAUUCUAUUCACACCACCAUCAUCACCGUCACCACCACCACCACCACCACCAUCUUCUCAGAUUAACGGUGGUAAGGCCACCAGCGCUAGCGCUAGUGUCCACUCACAAUUGUCACCGCCUAUUGCGAUCGAUAUCGUGAUUCCUUCGAUUAUCAUGUCGAAAGCACCGGCUGUUAAUGACUUCGCAAGCACUCUGACUGCAGUCGUUACACCUAUUUCAAAGCAACUGCCCGACGUAAUUGAUAAAACUGUUCCAAUCGGUCCAGAUUCCAGUUCAGAUGUUCUUUGGGUUGGACGACACUCACGCAGUUCAACAGAGUCCAUUGAUUCGGAGAACGUUGAUGAACGCCGUCGUUGUGUGUCAUUCUCAGAAUCGCUCACACCCGACUCAAUUCGACCACGUCGAUUUAGCUUUACGGAAAUGUUCUUCGGUCCAAAUAAUCGUUUCUCGCGAAGAACCCCAACAAUCGUGGAAGGGAAAGUAGCGCCACAACCAGCCAAAUCUUCCGAAGUUCCACGCAAAAAAUCCGUCCCAUGCGUAAGUUUCCACCUGAUUUUGGUGAGAUGUAUCUUCCUUUAA